UCACUUCUUCUAUUCCCCCAAGUCACGCCCCCAAAUCAGGCAGCCUUCCACCCCCGAUCCCAUCCGCCGCCGACCAACCUUCGCCGCUCCUAACCACAGCGGCAGUCGAUAACCCUCCGCCGUCCCCGACCCUGGCCUCACCCUUCGCCACCCCCGACCCCUACCGCACCUGGCUUCCUUCCUGACUACCUUGGCGGGCUAGGGUUUGACGCCGCCGUCCCUCCUGGUCGUCCUCCGGUUGGUCUCUAGAGGAAACGGCUUCUACCCUCCUUCCGAACCCUGUGAGCACGGAUAUGGCUCCUCCCACCGCUCCUCCCUCUCCUGCUUGGAGCCGCCUGUGACCACGGAUCUGGCUCUCCUCCACCAGCGGCGGAUGGGAUGGCGCGGUUCCACCUCUUCUCCACAAGCGCCGGCUGAGACGACGUGGAUUCGCAUCUCCUCCUCCCUCCUUUCCACGGCCGCCUUUAUCCGUUGCGCCCCCGCCUUGCAGUUCCGCUUCUGGACGGAGAUUUGGAGGAGUACCCGCCGCUCACGGUGGCUUCAAGCCUUGUUCCCAACUGGCCCUAGAGGCACAAUUUUAUGGCUCAUUUAUAUAUGGGGGCAGGGGGCUUCAAGCCUUUUUCCCAACCCGCCGCUCACGGUGGCUUCAAGCCUUCUUCACUAAGGGUGCAAGCUCGACUGAUUCAACGGUCUGCCUUGGUGUGAUGGCUCCUCGUCAACAACCAGGUUGACGAUGGCCUAUGCUAGCUUUUUCUUACCCUGUUCCAGUCUGCUGGAAGUGUUUCUGCUGCCUCCCCAAGAUGCUGGAAGGUCACCUCCAUCGAUGCUCUCUCCGCCGCUUCCACAAGCCGUCAGACUGUACAGUUCUGCAAGGCAAAAGAAUGGAAAAGGAAUAGAAGAAGACAAUGCUGAAGCACAAGAGCAUGAGAGGCUAGCUUUACUUAAAGCAAGGAAUAGUGAUGAUUUUGAACGAUUUGGGUCCUUUACAUUCUCAAAUCUAAAAGAAGAUUUUGGAGGACGAGCCAGUCAGCGACAAAGUAAAAGAAAGAAGGUUUCUCAAAGAUUGACAAGUUGAUUGAGGUUUGGAAGAUCUACAGGUUGAUGAAGAUUAUGAACGCCUACGAUUAAGUCAGUGUAGUGACAAUGGAAUAUGCCUUGUUUGUUGAACCUGGAGACUUGCUCUGCUCAUUUUGUUGGUUGUUAAGUCAAUGUAUGCUCAUGUUGGUUGUGUGGUGCAUCGCGAAAUAAAUGUGUUUCUCCUUUUUUGGCACAACUUCAGCUUGGUUGUGUGGCACAUCUAAAAACAAAUGGAAGCACUUCUUUUGUGGCACAACGUCUUUGUAUAUGAUUGCUAUGAUUAUUGAAUGAAGUUCAAUACUUUUGACGA